AUGGCUCCAAGAAGGUUCAACUAUCUCUUCCUAGCCAUGGCUGCUCUUCUUCUCCUGUUGGCCGCCGAGAGUCCAUCAGUGGAUGCUCAGACAGACAUAGGUGUGAAUCCCUGGUGCCGCACAGCCUCCGCCAAGCGCCUAUGCACCAGAAUGGUGACAGGCGCGACCAACUGGCGGGACGCCUCCAUCAAUGCCUUGAGAAGCACGUUGAAGCAUGCUAAGCGCCUCCGCGGCAGGAUUCAUUUGGUGAGGCCGGCUAUAGCAGGGCUAGGAAAGACGAGCCAGGACUCGAUCAUGGCGUCUUGUAACAACAAUUUUGAUGGGACCAUCGACGACCUUGAGAAGAGUCUUAGAGCGCUGGAAGACGAGGACAUAGGCCCCGUCAGAUCCCGCCUUCGGGCCGCUCAGAGAAGCGAAUGUGAGGCGGCGCUGUCGGAGUUCCGGGUCCGCUCCCCGCUUGCCAGAUAUUCCAAGCUUUUGUCUAUGGAAGUUAACAAUUGUUUGGCUGUUAUUCUGCAGACAUGA